CACCCCGUCGACCGACACCUCUUGGUCAUGAGCAGUGCUGAUGCGAUGUAUGACAUCGAAGGAGGUGGUUCGGAUCGAGUACAGCAAGGGUACCGGAUUGAGCCGCUCAACCGCCUCGCUUUUCCGAAAGGCAAGAUUCCCAGAUGCGAGAUCUCGGGCCAGGCGGCAACUGUCGCCUGUAUCACGCCGCACAUCACCCUUUACUACGCUACUGAGGAGCAGGCGGAGCAGGCAUGGCACGGUUAA